UUUUUUCUCCGAACACAAACCAAACCACUGUUAGUUGUUGGCGGCGGCGGCGCUGAAUUUCCGAGAAGAAGUAAUGGCGGAAGAAGCGGUGCUGGGAUACCUGGAGAAGAACGAGGAGAUUUCAGAUUCUGGAAUAUUCGCCGAAGAGAAAGGAAUCAGCCACGAUGAAAUCGUCAACAUCAUCAAAAGCCUCAACGGUUUCCGUCUCGUCGACGCUCAGGAUAUUAAGAGAGAAAGAUGGGUGCUGACCCAUGAGGGAGAUAUGUAUGCUGAGCAUGGAUCUCCUGAAGUACAACUCUUUUUAGCUGUGCCGCCAGAGGGUACAACACGAGAAGAGCUGCAGGGGAAGUUUGAGCCAUCUAUUUACAAAAUAGGCUGUACACAGGCCAUAAAAAACAAAUGGAUUGAAAUGGGAAAGUCAGCAGUAUCAAGAAAGGUGCAACAUGUUGAUGACAGAGUGAGAGACUUGCUCGUGCAGAUUCAAAAAGGCGAGGAAGUCAGCGCUCAGGAUAUUGAUGCUCUCAAAAGAAGAAAGCUCAUUAGUUCCCAGAUCUGGAAAGGCUUUUCGGUAAAGAAAGGUCCCAACUAUACUCCAAAGAGGAAAAAAAUGGCUACGGAUUUAACCCGGGAGCAUCUACAGAGGGGUGACUGGAAAGAGAUUGAGUUCAAAGAGUAUAACUUCCUUGCAAAGGGUCAGCCAACUGAUGGUGGCUGUCUCCAUCCAUUACUCAAGGUGAAGCGCCAAAUUCAGCUGAUAUUUCUUCAAAUGGGGUUCGAAGAGAUGGCCACAAACAAUUUUGUUGAAAGCAGCUUCUGGAACUUCGAUGUGCUUUUCCAGCCACAACAACACCCCGCUCGUGAUUCACAUGAUACUUUCUUUUUGAAAGAGCCUUCAACCACAAGAAGUUUACCCGAAGAUUACGUUGAGCGGGUUAAACAAGUCCACGAAUCCGGUGGUUAUGGGUCCAGAGGGUAUGGCUACGAAUGGAAGAGAGAGGAAGCAAACAAAAAUCUUCUGCGCACUCACACUACUGCUGUUUCCUCCAGGAUGCUUUACGCACUUGCUCAGGGAAAAUUUGCCCCAAAGAAAUACUAUUCAAUAGAUCGUGUUUUCAGAAACGAAGCUGUGGAUCGUACUCAUCUUGCAGAAUUCCACCAGAUCGAAGGCUUGAUAUGCGAUCGUGGGCUUACUCUUGGACACUUGAUAGGGGUUCUUGAAGACUUCUUCUCUCGUCUAGGAAUGUCCAAGCUUAAGUUCAAGCCCGCUUACAAUCCCUAUACUGAACCCAGCAUGGAAAUCUUCAGUUACCACGAAGGUCUGCAAAAAUGGGUGGAAAUCGGAAACUCGGGCAUGUUCAGACCCGAAAUGCUGCGUCCUAUGGGGCUUCCGGAAGAUGUUCAAGUGAUAGCAUGGGGGCUUUCACUUGAAAGGCCAACUAUGAUACUUUAUGGGAUAGACAACAUCAGAGAUCUCUUUGGCCACAAGGUGGAUCUUAGUCUCAUCAAAAGAAAUCCAAUUUGCAGAAUUGGUCUUAACUGAUGCAAGAAGACACACUUCGUUUCCUUCUAUUUUUUGUUACAUGUUUAGAAUUUCGAAAGAGGCAAGAUAGAUUAUACUGAUUAAGAAAAGUGAUGUUUUGUUAAUUUUAAAUUGUUUUGAAUAUGUUGUUGGCAGAGUGUUGUCGGAUAUACGUUUACGAUACUAAAAUCUUUUGCAGGGGAUUAGACUCUGUUUUGGCAGAUUUGAAGCUGUGUCGAUUCUGUGCAUACCUUUGUGUUUUCGUAUUGAGAAUUUGGGAUUGAGA